CUUCACAAUACAACGAACACAACGAACACAGCAAUUCUACGGUGACUAAUGUACACCAUACAAAUGGCAGAGAACGACGGCCCACAGGCACAGAUCAAUCCCCCACAAUCUGACUUUGACCAAUUCACCGAAGCCUUGACCAUUCUGCAAACUGAAGUAUCCCGAAUCGGCAAUUUCGCACCUAUACAACAAGACUCGUGUCCAAACCGGCAGAACGAGAGCAAGGAACGCACAUCGAUACGCUACGGAUCGAUGACGGGCCAAUCUGCUCCCGCUCCAAAACCUCCGGACCGGGGCUCCCAUCCCAAAUUGUCCACGAACGGUUGCUGAGAGGGGCGCUGUUGAAUUCGAAAUCUUUGGUUUAUCAUAACCAGCCGUACGAAGUCCACUAUACGAGGUACGGGGUACAUUGACAGGGUAUCUAUCUUAGACAGUGUUAUCGCCGAGGCACGGCUACAGGCACAGUGUCCUCGUAGAGUACAGUUCAUCAAAGUCUUCCGAUUCAGCUAUUGGUUUGUCU